CAACACGCGACAUUGCACAGGCCUUUUCAUGAGACAUUUCCUACGUCUACCUCCCAGAAGCAAGCAUGUGCUGAGGAAAUAUCGAGCUCAAUACAGGAAUUUCGGGAUGUCUACCAUUCGGGCGCAGACAGCUCGCCUAUUGCUGGACCGUAUCUCUCCUGAGGAGCAGAUCGCCCUGGUCCGCGAUCUGGCAAAGUCGCUGAGUCUUCAAAGCGGGAAAUCCGAUCUCAGUUUCACGGCGACCGUAUUGCAGCUCAGGCCAGACGCAGAGGCGUCCAAGACAGUAUUUGAGCACCUCGAUCAUCUCAUCGACCAAGGCGAGCUAGACCAAGUAGUCGCAGUAUGUGCUGAGCAUGAGGAGAUUAAUGGCGCGAUUAUUGCUCGAACCUGUACCCUCAUCACAGAGGCAGCGGACACACUUCGGAACGCUUCGAGGGACUAUUUUGUGGUGGCAUCUUCCAAUGCUCAGUCUAGAUCCAAAGAAGGGUUGCGUCUGGACGAUCAGCACCUUGUCAGCAUCGUGAAGCGGACGAUUAAUUGCUUACGUCUGGCCAACCGCGUAUCACUUGUUGGAUGUGGUGACGAUCGUACUCAGGUACUCUUCCAAUCUUGCUUGGUUCUUCUCGGGGCCGAGAAUCGUGAUCUUCGAAUACAAUCACAAGAAACACUGUCAUUCCUUCUGUCAACUCAGAUGAUCCACGCCAACGCAGAUCAAGAAUGUAUCUGGGCGCGGGUACAAGAUCUCAUCAACUUCCCAGACAAAACAUUCAAAGCCGUUGGCUACUCCCUCUGGCUCCGAUGGAUCUCAACAGCAGCGCUGGUCGAUGGCGGCAUCAUCGAGCCGACCUACUGGGCAUUGAUCAUGAGUGGCCUCCGUGAGGGCGAUAAUGAGCGCAGAAAAAGCUGUCUUCAGAUCCUAAGGGCUUCAGUGGACGCGGCCAGUCAAAGUCCUGAUGCGUUCAAGUCCAUUACUGUUCAAUCAGCUGAUCAGGAAUCAUCGGACCUAGUACGAAAGCACUAUGCUCGCUACUGCACGGUGUUCGAGACUGUAGUACUCAGCCGCUAUCUGAACCAGGUACAGGAAUGUGAAGCUGACUUAGAUUUUCUCUGUUCGGCAAAAUCCGUUGUUCAGCCGGUUUGGGUCUACACGCUGCUUUCGUGUGCGUUGGACCAGAGAAUGCAGGAAUCGAACAGAAAGCUCGUGGGGCUGUGGGCCUUGCGUGCUAAUCCCCGCGUAGAUGGCAAGGAAGAAUAUCUCGACUUUCUUCAAGAGUCGUUCCUGCCGUGGGCCACGUUAGGUAACCUCUUCACGAACACUCUACGACGACAGAAUGGCGUCGUAACUUGCGAACAUGGCAACAAACUUGCUGCUUUUGUUGCGGGCCUGCUCGUGAACAACCCAGAGCUCUUCGAGCCAGCCGUGGAUGCAAUACUCGCCAGCAUCUCUGGCAGGUAUGGAAACAGAUUUUCCCAAGCGAAAGUGUAUCUAAUCCACGGCAUCGCGAAAGCUGUCAGCAGUAACUCGGCACUCACUCUUAGUGAUCAGCAACUGGAAAAAAUUUACGAAAUUGCCACAUGGGCAAAUCUGACGGAAGUAGCGCGUGACUAUGCCUUUGCACAAGUUUGGCGCCUUUCCUACGACCGUCUACAGAAAGUCGCCUCAUCGAAAUCAUUUGUGAAUGAAGCUGCUGCCAAAUGGGAGAGCCUGCCAGGAAAGGCUAGCAAGCUUCCUCCAAAAGCUUCAGCUGAGCAACACGGCUCUGUCGCGUCGAUGGCCGUGGCCCCAUCAAACCGAGAGAAGAACGAGCAGAAAGCACUCCAGCGAUGCCGCGCCUUUCUUACUUCGCUGGACGACAGCAAUAAAUCUAUGACGAUCGACAUCAUAGAAGAAGAGCUAGAUGAUAUCUGGAACGAUCUUGAGUACUUGGAAAUGCCGAAAGGACUUCUUGCCACCAUGGGGAAGCUCUUCCUCCACCACAGCUUGAUACGGCUAGCAGUACAACCGGAGAACCAGAGUCUUGCCGGUUUGAUCGCGACAAAAACCAAGCGCUUGCUCGAGCUUGCCCAACCUCGAUCGUAUAUGCUAUCUCCGUUAGUCGCUCUCAUUAGAGAUGUGGUGACCGCCAUCCCGGAAUCAGCAACCGCAUUACAGCUCUCUGAUCUGAUAGUGCACAUAGCAGAGCACCCGCCUUCGGCCACGAUCGAUAUUCAGCUUGAGGAAGUCCUGGUGCCGCUGAUCUCAGAUAUCAGCCCAAGCUUGAGAUCACUAAACCGUGAGUUUUACUUCGGGCCACCCGAGAGCAUAGGCUUCGCAACGUUUCUGGAUCUCGUCAGUCGGGUGGGCGUUAUCCAUGCUGAGCUGCCACGACAAGUAUUCGACGCACUGUUCCAGCCAUGGCUGACACAAAAGGUCCCACCAAACGUGGUGAGCCAGUGGAAGACGAUAUUGGAGCUGCAAGUCAUGCUGCUUUGCUGCGAGCAAUUCAUCCCUUCUGCAGAAAGCACAGAAGCGAGAAAGAUACUUACCGACAUGCAAUACGUUCUGUCGCUCGAACCUCUGCCACGGUAUCGAUAUCUGCUCGAAUGGAUUGUCGCCCGCAUUUACAUUCAUCAUCCCGAAUUGCGAGAUGUAAUCUUCCAGGAACUGCGCGCAAAAGAUCAUCACGCUAACCCAAAGUUCUUGGCGUCGUUGAUGAAAAUUGGUGUGAGAGUCGCCAAAGCCAAAGGUGCCGAUGAGCAAUUCGCGCUGCAGUUGGCGACUCUUUUCGUGCCACUCGCAGCUUCAUCAAAGGUCGUCAUCCGACAUGAGGCGCAGUGGCAGGUGCCCAUUCUUCUCGAUCAUGUGCGUCAGAUGCAGAUCGAUGCCAUCACGAGCAAUAAAGCUUUCGAAGCCCUCGAUGAGUUCAUUCGCAGCCUGGAAGUGUACGGUGACCCACCUCUAGAGCGACAAAUUGGCGUGUUUGACCCGAUCAACGACCACAACCUUGCUCACUUGGUCGAGGGCCAUUGGCACGAUCUGGACGAUACGGAGCAGCGCAUGUGCUCUCAUGCCGAUUUCUUGGCAUUGUACGCGGAAGACGAUCCAUCUCGAACUCUUCCGCCGUCCUGCGUAUCUUUGGGUGACCCGAUUGCUGCCCGGCCGACAAAUUCAGAUCAAAAUGGAGAAUCGUCAGCUUCGAUCGACCAUGAACGGCGCCUGCUACAGAACAUUGACCAAAUUUCCCGGUCUUUCAAUGGCGGUCCAGUCUCUGCUACGGCUCUUCAAACCAAAGGCGGUGCAUACCUUGAGUCAGCACGGAAACGCCACAACAAUCUGUUCGUGGUCGCUUCUCUUGUCGACAAUCCCUACAACUUGGGCGGACUGUCACGCGUCAGCGAAAUCUUCGGCGCGGGAGGCCUCUACCUUGAACAUCCUCGCGUCACGUCCAAUAAAGACUUCACGUCUACUGCUGUGUCUUCUCACUAUCACCUUGCGAUCAAUGCGCUUGCCCCAGCAGAGAUCCAAAAAUUCUUGGCGAAAAAGAAGAGAGAGGAAGGUUACAGUGUCGUGGGCAUAGAGCAGACUGAUAGAUCUGUCAUGCUCGGCUCAGCAGAUUGUGUGCUGGCAGAGAAGUGCCUUUUGGUCAUGGGAUCCGAGCGCGAAGGCAUUCCGGCAUUGAUCCUCUCUGAGUGUGACAUGCUGGUGGAAAUCCCGCAAGUGGGUAUCACGAGAAGUCUGAAUGUCCAGACUGCCGCCGGUAUUGUGCUCUGCGAAUAUGCCAGGCAGCAUAAUUCAAAGCUGAAGUAGCAGGACAAUUCGGGAACGAGUGAUUUGUGCAUAGAAGAGAGAAGGAAGCAGAUGCUGACCACACAGCGCAUGCAUACGAGUAAACGAGGUAUGUUGAUACAGUGCGUGUUUCACGCAGCUUCACCCGACGAUGCUGGCUGGCAAGAGCGCACCUCUUUGGAGCUUCACAAGCCUCAUCUUCCAAUGCGAACGCGAGCUCGUACAAUGCGCGACGGUCUCGCUUUCUGGCGGUCUUCCGAGCACGAGUCCUGUAAGUGAAGCUUGGUCAGCAGUACGAAUUACAGCUCAUGGGAGCACGGAGCUUGAACCUUCCGUUCCGAUGAUAGAAAGCACAAGGGCGGGAGCGCUGCACACAAGAUCAAGAUAAUCGAGAUGUCAGCUGUGAAGAAUCUAUUGUUUCAACUUACCGUCCC